UAAUGAUUUCGUUCUAGAUCUAGACUACUAGUGCUCAUUUUAGUGUGUAUCUAAUCGAGGGCGAGGCAGACGAUGUCGUCUCUCAGCAGAGAACUCGUGUUCUUGAUCUUGCAGUUUCUGGAUGAGGAAAAGUUCAAAGAGACUGUUCACAAGCUUGAGCAGGAGUCUGGGUUUUUCUUUAACAUGAAAUAUUUUGAGGAUGAAGUGCAUAAUGGCAAUUGGGAUGAGGUUGAAAGAUACCUCUCUGGUUUCACCAAAGUAGAUGAUAAUCGGUACUCCAUGAAGAUAUUUUUUGAGAUAAGAAAGCAAAAAUACCUUGAGGCAUUAGAUAAGCAUGAUCGGUCCAAGGCGGUAGAAAUAUUAGUGAAGGAUUUGAAAGUCUUUGCCACAUUUAAUGAAGAUUUAUUUAAGGAAAUCACACAGCUUUUGACGCUGGAGAAUUUUAGGUAUGAAUAUAAACUGCUGUUUUGGUUGCAGUGUAGAAGUUCUUCAGAUGCUCACAAGUUUCUCGUGGCAGGGAAAAUGAACAACUAUCCAAGUAUGGUGACACAAAAUCUGCAAGAGCAAUCAUGUUAG